UAUUGGCUUAGCAUACAGUGAACAGUCACACAUUGAAAAUAAAUUACAAUUUCCAAUUAAGUAUUAGCUAGAAAACGUUUUCAAUUUAUUAAGAUUUCCAAACAUUAAGUUACUUAUAACUCACAUUAAUUUAUGCGUUAUAUACUUAUAUUUUAAUUUGAUGUGAUUGCUAAAAUUUGUAUGAAGCAUUUUGUAUUAUUGUGAUAAUAGAAAAAAAUAUUAUUAUGGAGGAAAGUAAUGAUCGUAAACGAAAGAGUGGUAAAUAUUCUGAUAAAGACGAUACAUACAAAGAUAGAAGAUACAAAAAACAAAGAUCUAGAUCAAGAUCACCGAGAAGACGUCGUGACAAUUCAGAACGAGACUCUAAUCGUAAAAGAAACUAUUCACGCUCUCGAUCACCGAAGGACGGCAAUGAAGAAAAACGGAGUGACCCAAAAAACGUGAUACAGGAAAAAAAUGAUGUACCUCAACGAAAAACAAAAGAGACCGAUAUGCUCAACACGCGCACUGGCGGUGCAUACAUACCACCCGCUCGCCUUCGGAUGAUGCAAGCACAAAUCACAGAUAAAUCCUCAGUUGCUUACCAAAGACUCGCAUGGGAGGCAUUGAAAAAGUCCAUUCAUGGUCAUAUUAACAAAAUUAAUGUAGGCAAUAUUGGUAUUAUUAUAAAAGAGCUUCUUAAGGAAAACAUAGUUCGAGGUAGAGGUUUGCUAUGUAGGUCUGUCAUUCAAGCCCAAGCUGCCUCUCCUACAUUCACCAAUGUGUAUGCUGCUUUGGUAGCUGCAGUCAAUUCAAGAUUUCCCAAUAUAGGUGAACUACUGUUGAAAAGACUUGUAAUACAGUUCAAAAGAGGUUUCAAAAGAAAUGAUAAACCAACUUGUAUCUCAUCUGCAUCAUUUAUAGCCCAUUUGGUAAAUCAACGUGUAGCACAUGAAAUCCUAGCCUUAGAGUUAUUGACUUUACUGGUAGAGUCUCCAACGGAUGAUUCAGUUGAAGUUGCAAUAGCAUUUUUGAAAGAAUGUGGGCUGAAAUUAACAGAAGUAUCAUCAAAGGGAGUCAAUGCUAUAUUUGAAAUGUUAAGAAACAUUCUCCAUGAGGGUCAGCUUGAUAAAAGAGUUCAAUAUAUGAUUGAAGUCAUGUUCCAAGUGUGGAAAGAUGGUUUCAAGGAUCACCCAGCAGUAAUUGAGGAGCUGGAGUUAGUACCAGAGGAAGAGCAGUUUACUCAUCUACUGAUGCUUGAUGAAGCAACCGAUUCUCAGGAUAUAUUAAAUGUUUUCAAGUUUGAUGAAAAAUAUGAAGAUAAUGAGCAAAAAUACAAAGGUUUGAGCAAAGAGAUACUUGGCUCUGAUGCUGAAACUGGAGAGGAGGGCUCUGAUGAAUCUGGCAGUGACGAGUCUGACGAAGAAGAGGAAGAAAACAAACCUGUCACCAUCAUAGACAACACAGAAACUAAUCUUGUUGCUCUACGAAGGACCAUUUACUUAACUAUAAACUCUAGCUUGGACUUUGAGGAAUGUGCUCACAAAUUAAUGAAAAUGCAAUUAAAGCCUGGGCAAGAGGUGGAGCUAUGCCACAUGUUUUUGGAUUGCUGUGCAGAGCAACGAACAUAUGAGAAGUUUUAUGGGCUUCUAGCACAACGCUUUUGUAACAUUAACAGAAUUUAUAUUGGGCCCUUUGAAGAAAUAUUCAAAGACUCAUACACAACGGCACACCGCUUGGACACAAACCGAUUGAGGAAUGUGAGCAAGUUUUUUGCACACUUAUUGUUCACAGACUCUAUAAGUUGGGAAGUGAUGGAGUGUGUCAAACUGAACGAAGAAGAUACAACUAGCUCCAGUCGCAUAUACAUCAAGAUCUUGUUUCAAGAGCUUGCAGAAUAUAUGGGACUGAAGAAACUUAAUGAUCGACUUAAGGAUCCGACUCUCCAGGAUGUCUUUUCUGGAGUGUUUCCUCGAGACAAUCCUAAAAAUACAAGAUUUUCUAUAAACUUUUUCACAUCUAUUGGUCUGGGUGGAUUGACGGAUGAGUUGCGUGAACAUCUGAAGCAAAUGCCAAAGAAUGUGCCAGCUCCUGUUGCUGAAAUAAAGUUGGAUAGUGAAUCCAGUUCGGAUUCUAGUUCCAGUUCAAGUUCUUCAUCAUCCAGUGACUCCAGCUCAAGUGAUUCUGAUGAGAGUGAAAAAGAUAAAAACACCAAAAAAAAUAAAAAAUCCAAGAACACUAUGUCACCUAAAACUACCAAAAGUGCACCUGAACCUAAUCCUAGAUGUGAAGAUAAAUCAGAGAGGUGGGGGCAUGAUGGAUUCUAUGAAAGGUAUGGUGAUACUGUUGUAGAGCCAAAUCGAAAUAAUACUACACAUAAUAAUAGAGGUAGAAAUGAUGGAAAUGACAGACAUUACAACUCCAGCAAAAGCAGAAGAGGUGGAUCAGAACAAAGAGACAGGGAUGAUAUGACUAAGAAUAAAAGACAUGAUAGAGAUGAGAUACACAUUCGUGACACUGAUUCAUCCCAAAGAUAUAGAAGAAGAGAUGUUUCACAAGAGAGGACCAGGGAACAAAGAGUUGAAGAUAGUAUCUCUAAGAAUCAAAUAAUAGAUAAGACAUAUAGAAAUACAAAAGACCAGGAAUCAAACAGACAAAAUGACAAUGAUAGAAGCAGGAAAAGAGGUUCCUUUGAGGGCAAAAAUAGGGAGCAUCUCCAUGAUGUUAGCAGAUAUACUGACCGACGAGAGAUUGGCGCAAACAAUGAUAGUAAUAAAAGGUAUAGAAAAGAUGCAUCGCGAGAGCAAGAAACUAAACAGAAUAAUGAUGAAAGAUCCAAACACCGAAGAGAAAAUGAUAGAGUUGGAGAUUUGGAUAGAAAGUCAAGAGACAGUCAUAAUCACCAUGAAAGACAGGAUGUCAAUCAUAUAAAAGACACUAAUAAUUUAGAAAGUGAUAACAGCAGGAAAAAGAAAAGAGAUAUAUCGCAGGAAAGAGAUAGAGAUGAAAGAACAAAUGAAAGUAAAUCAAACCAUAAGAGAAUUGACGACAGAUAUACAAGAGAUAAGGACCGAAAUGAUAAGUACAGCAAUAGAAAAAGGGAUCCGUCUCAAGAAAGAAUAAAUAAACAUCAAACAAAUAGACACAUAGGCAGUUCUAAGGAAGAAGGACGGAUAGAUAAGGAUAAGAGAAGACAGUGUGAAGACCACAAUAAAAGUAGAAAUAAUAACAAAAAGUAUGAUGACGAAAAACAAACAAAGAAACAACUUGAUCGAGAUAAUAAUGAAAAAAGUGACAACUUUUUAUAUCCUAAAAAAUCAGUUGAUGUUAAAGAUUCUGAAAAAUAUUGUGAAAAUAAAGAUAAGCAACAACAUGGCAAAAAUAAGACCGACUUUUUUCUGUAUCCAAAUGAAGAAGAGGCUACUUCUCUUAGAAAUAAAGAGGUUAAGAAAACUAAAAAAUCUAAACAUGACAAGAGUUCAAGUGAAUCUUCAGACUCCAAUAGUAGUGAUAACACAGAAAUUGAUGGUUUUGACAUUCAAGGUCCUACUAAAAAUAAAAAAAAAGUAAAUGACAAAAAAAGCAAUAAUAAGAAAAGCCAUAAAUCCAAACAGAAUAAAAGUACAAGUGAAUCCUCAGACUCUGAAAGCAGUGAUGAAAAACAAAGUGAUGGUUUUACUAUUGAAAGCCACAAAAAAGCUAAAGAAAGUAUGUAUCAUGAAAACAGAACAGAAAAAAGUAGAGAUUCCAGUGAGCCUCCAGUAUUGGGCAGAUAUUGGGACAGUCACAAAAAUAAAGAUGGACCAUAACCGAAGGUUUCCAGUCGCUGAAUAAAUGAAUGUAAAAUUAUUAUUUUGUAAAGUUCAUUGCAGCAUUGUAUAUAUAAUAAUUAUAUAAUUUAAUAAGUAAAGAAAGGAUUUUUAAUAAAAUAAGUACUUAAUUGAGUACUUAUAUAUAA